CCAACUCUUAAAAUUGAAAUCUUUUAUUUCAUAUAAUUUGGUUGUCUCGAAGCGAAAUUAAGUAAAUAAAAUAGUUAUAAUUACAAGAAAACUGCUUUGUAUUAAAGAUUCAUACCACUACAAUCACAUAUGGAUUUCACUUGAAUUUUAUACAUUUUUAUUUGCUACUCGUGUACUCCUACUACCUCUUUAGAACUGUCUCAUUCUCAAUCAAUUCAACUUUGUUACACUUUAGCAUUUACAGUAAUAAAAAAAAAAAAGUAGAGAGAUUGGUAUGACCCUGCUAACUUUAAAAAUAAAAAUAAAAACAUCAUAUAUUCCUAUAGGAAAACAAGGAAACUUAAGACGGACAAAGAUAUAGUAAUCGACUAAACCGAGUAAUUAAGUUUGGCCUGAUUCAAACACUAGUUAUCGUCUCACUGAGGUCCUUUCCCUAACGGGUAAGCAAAAGAAGAGGGCUAAAUUCCCGCUCUAAAACUCUGCCACGUUAAACAUGCAAUAGACAACAGUGUCAAUUGAAAUGUCACUCAGAAACAAAUCAAUUCACCUCCAUUUUCACUUCUCUCUUCUCACUUUUUCUCUCCUGAAAAACCUCCAUUAAAAUGACUCCUGAAGGUCUUGUAGCAUCAGCAGCAAUAAACAUAGGGUUAGCAAUGGCGAUCCUCUGUAUUUUCUCCAUUCUCAAGAAACAACCUUCGAAUUCCUUCAUUUACUACGCUCGUCGUCUCUCUCAUCAACAACAACCGCUGUCGUUUGAUCGCUUCUCGUUUCGCCGUCUUCUACCUUCCGUUUCGUGGAUUCCUCGCGCUCUUCGGGUUUCCGAGGAUGAUAUUCUUAGCUAUUCUGGCCUUGAUGCUCUCAUUAUCAUCCGUCUCUUCAAAUUUGGUAUUAGAUUUUUUGUGGUUUGCUCUGUGAUCGGGUUGCUAAUACUUCUUCCACUCAAUUACUAUUCCGAGUCCUCACAGUCCAACCAUUCACAUUACAUGAAUUCGUUUACCAUAUCAAAUAUCAGAGCAGGGUCUAAUAGGCUGUGGGUCCACUUUUCUUGCUUAUGGUUCAUUUCCUUGUAUGGAUUGUACAUGUUGUAUAAGGAAUAUAAAGAGAUUCUGGCUAAAAGAAUUCUAUGGCUUCAAAAAUUAAAGAAUAGACCAGAUCACUUCACUAUUUUAGUUCGAGAAAUUCCACUUUGUCCUGAACAUAAAACCUAUGGAUGCAGUGUACAUCACUUCUUCACCAGACAUUAUCAACAUGCUUUUCAGUCCCAUCAGAUGCUGUAUGAUGGGAGGGAUCUUGUUUUGCUGCAGGAACAAGCAGCCUUAAUACAAAGAAAGAUACAACGAUUGCAAGAGAAGUCCAUGAGAAGGAAGUUUAAUCGGAAGGAUUCACUUACUGAACCUUUGAGAAAAGAUGCCUCAAAAAUCACUUUGCUGGAGGAAAAACUUUGCAGAAUAUGUGGUGUUAUAAGUGGUAUGCAGUAUGAAACUAUGCUUCAGAAAAUGGAGUUGGCUGCUGCUUUUGUGACAUUUAAAUCUCGGGUGGGAGCUGCACUUGCUGCACAGUCCCAACAGCACCCACAUCCUUUCUUGUGGAUUACAGAAGAAGCUCCAGAACCUAGAGAUUUGUUAUGGAAAAACUUGUCAACCCCUUCUCGGAGGCUGCUGUUGUACAAAAUUGGGUUCUAUCUUGCUGCAACACUUCUUACAAUUUUCUUCACUGUGCCGGUAGCAGCUGUUCAAGGAAUAGCUAAAUUUGAAAGGCUGAUGAAGUGGUUCCCUCCAGCAAUGGCCGUGCAGUUAAUACCAGGAUUAAAAUCUGUUGUAACAGGGUACCUGCCAAGUGUUAUACUCAAUGGAUUUAUAUACGUUGUUCCUUAUUCAAUACUGGGGAUGGCUCACUUAGCAGGCUAUCCCUCAAGGAGUCAGACAGAGAUAAAAGUCUGCAAUAUGGUGUUUUACUUUCUAGUUGGCAAUGUCUUCUUCUUGACCUUAUUAUCUGGAUCUCUCCUUGAUGAACUUGGAGAAUCUUUCAGUCAUCCAAGUGAUUUUCCAAGCCGCUUGGCUCGUGCUGUUGCAGCUCAGGCUGAUUUUUUCACAACAUACAUCUUGUCUGAUGGACUGUCUGGUUUCUCAUUAGAAAUUUUGCAAGCGGGCCUACUGGUUUGGGAUGCCAUAAAGAGACAUACAUUUGGUCGUGGAAAGGAAAGAUCUCCUUAUGUUUAUUCUCUGCCUUAUUUCAGGGUCAUCCCCUUUGUUUGUCUCUGUUUUCUAAUCGGCAUGGUUUAUGCACUUGUUGCUCCCUUGCUCCUUCCAUUUGUGCUUGGCUAUUUAUACUUGGGAUAUGCUGUCUACAUGAACCAGAUUGAGGAUGUAUAUCCAACUGAUUAUGAAACUAGUGGACAAUAUUGGCCAUACAUUCAUUCUUACAUCUUUUUUGCCCUCAUUCUCAUGCAAAUUACUAUGAUUGGUCUUUUCGGAUUGAAGUCAAAGCCAGGGGCAUCAGUUGCCACAUUGCCACUUUUUGUGUUCACAUUGCUGUUCAAUGAGUAUUGCAAGCUCCGCUUUCUUCCGUCUUUCAGCCAACAUACUAUCCAGAUUCUUAAGGAGAAUGAUGAGAGCGACGAGAAAGAAAGUAAUUUGGAUAUCAACUCCCAUAAUGCAGCAGAUGCAUAUCGACCACCUUUCUUAAGACCAGUUAGCUUUACUGAAGAAGGAUCAAGCUCUUCUCAGUGACCUGUCCAAUUCUUUUGCUGUUGCUAACUGAAUUAAGCAAAUGAGCCCAUCUUGGACUUCCUGCAAAACCUCUGUCGUAAUCUGCUCGGCUAUGUGACUUUGUAGCUAAUUGUAUAGGAUAUGCUGGAAGUAUAAAAAUCUUCCAUAGCAGAAUUUACUGAUAUAGCAAAAAGUUUAGUCAUCUGUGAACAUUAGCUGAAUAUUAGCUAAGGUAAUUUUUGGGUAUUUUUCUUGUAUUAUCUUGUUGAUUAUAGUUUAUCACUUGGCUGUUUACUUGUUACUCUGAUUUUGGGGUCACGGAAGGUAUUACAAUUUUGACAGGUUGAUAAGUUAGAUUAGUUAUUUUUUGUAAGGAUUUUGAUUAUAAAAGAUAAGAUAUUGUAUGUGUAUAGUCAUAUAGAUAAUUUUUUAUUUCCAAGUGUAACAAUUGAGCUUGUAUGCAUAUUAGUUGUACAACAAUGACAAUGCUUUUUCCGACUUUUCUCCAAACUAAGCCCAAUUGAUAGAAUAAAUACCAAAAUGGUUGCGUGGCUAAAGUAUUUACCAAACUAAGCUUCCAAGGUAAACAGCGUUUUAUGCCCUGGUUUUUUUUUAAAAAAAAAAAUCAGCUUAAAAACGCUGUCUAGGACAACGUUUUUAGUUGUUGACUUUUUUUUUUAGAAUUUUGUAAUUUCUGUUUUUUAAAAAUAAAAAGAAAAAAAAAAUUAAUAAACACAUAAACGCUGUUGGGACAGCGUUUCUCUGCUGGUCUGCAGCACCAACAGCCAGCAGCCUUUGUUCUCUAAUCUCUGCCCUGCUUCUCUAAUUUCUGCCCAACAGACCACCCCUGCCUUGAUUAAGCCACCACAGUCAACCACCACCCCCACCACCAACCCCCACCGUCGACCACCACCUUCCGCCACUUUCGACCACCGUUAUGCACUUCAAAACAGUCCAACUACCCCCAACAACACUUCAACCACCUCCACCACCAACCCCAACCUUUCCACCACCGUCGACCACCACCC